CGUCCCGCGAAUUGCUCAAUGUUAAUAUCAUAUUGACGUCGAACCUCCUGCCCCUCCUCAUGGCUUUAUUUAAUAGCUGCUUUGUACGAACAAUGUACUUUAUUCCAACCUCUCAUAUCAUUUGUAUCCUAUUACCUUACAUCCUCUCCCCUCGCAUAAAAUACUACCUACCAACAUGACAGCACGUGCAGUCCUCAUCACCGGAGCUACAGGCAAGCAAGGAGGUGCCGUUGUGAGCGCGCUCCUAAAAGCAAACGCCGACUUUGAGAUCCUCGCUCUUACUCGAGAUGUUCAAUCGGCAUCUGCUCAACGGUUGGCCCAGAAGUCACCCAAGAUUAAGUUGGUGGCGGGUGAUAUGGACGCAGCCGACACCAUCUUCAGAAACGCCAAGGUGAUAACUAAGACGCCGAUAUGGGGAGUUUUUAGUGUUCAGGCAGCUAUGGGCGGCGGUGCGAAUCCCCGAAAGGAAGAAUUCCAAGGCAAGGCUUUGAUCGACGCCUCGCUCAAGAACGGCGUGAAGCAUAUGGUCUAUUCCUCGGUCGACCGCGGCGGCGCUAGGUCGGACAACGACCCGACCGACGUGCCGCACUUCGUCAGCAAGCACAACAUCGAGAAGCACCUGCAGGAGAAGACGCAGAGCGGGGAGAUGGGCUGGACGAUCCUGCGGCCCGUGGCCUUCUUUGAGAACCUGACGCCCAACUUCUUCGGCAAGGUGUUCGCCACGAGCUGGAAGAUCAACCUGAAGCCAGACCAGAAGCUGCAGUUGGUCGCGACGAGCGACAUCGGGUUCUUCGCCGCCGAGGCGCUUCGAAAGCCGGAAGAGUGGAAGGGCAAGAAGUUGAGCCUGGCCGGGGACGAGCUGACGUACGAACAGUUCGCUGCCGUCUUCAAGCAGAAGACUGGCAAUGAUUUGCCCACCACGUACCAUUUCGUCGCCACCCUCAUCAACUGGAUGUCGAAGGAGCUGGGCUCCAUGUUCAGGUGGUUCCGCAACGUCGGGUACGGCGCUGACAUCACGUCCCUGAGGAGGAUGAAUCCUGCUCUUAAGGACUUUGGAACGUGGCUGGAGACUGAUAGCCAAUUCAAGACUCGUGAGACAUCCAACAACCACUGAGCCAAAAGUGUAUUCCUUAUUAGCUCAAUUGCUAUUAUUAAGCUAUCUGACCCAUGAGUGGUACCACUCACACCUCGCUAGGUCAGGCACCUAAUGCGUUUGGGUUAUCCUGUAUAUUAUUGGGAGGUCAUGUCUAUAAUGGUACCUCAUAUAAUUUCUAGUUUUUGGUGUAAUAUAGUCAUUGAAUAUAUGUUAUGUAUAUGAAUAAUACUAUGCAUCAAGGUUUA